AUGGAGUUCCUCCUCAUAUAUCCCUCUAAUAUGGGACUACUUGAUAUUAUCAAAUCAUUCAAAUCGAAUAAUGGACGUGAAAUUCGAAUUUUACUACUUGGACUCGACAAUGCAGGCAAGACAAGUAUUCUAAAGCAGUUGUCAGCAGAGGAAAUCACAAAUGUGACACCAACGCGAGGAUUUAACGUGAAAAGUGUUGUGACGAAUGGAGAUAUCCGUCUGAAUGUCUGGGAUAUUGGGGGCCAACGAUCGAUUCGGCCAUUCUGGAGCAACUACUUUGACAAUACUGAUGCGCUCAUUUAUGUGAUCGACUCAAGCGAUCGACGGAGAUUUGAUGAGACGAGUGUGGAAUUGAUGGAACUUCUGGAUGAAGAGAAGUUGAGUCGAGUUCCCGUACUAAUAUUCGCGAAUAAGCAAGAUUUGGUCUCGUCUGCGCCAGCGUCAGAAAUUUCAAAACGGCUGAAGCUCACGGAGAUCCGUGAUCGCGUGUGGCAAAUACAAGGAUGCUCAGCUCUAACCAAUGAAGGAGUCUCGGAAGGCAUCAAAUGGACUCUGUGCAGCUCUCACCCAGAAUCUGAGCAAAAAUUCAAAGAAGAAGUAGAAAAACCCCAAUUUCAAGCUGAACUGCAUUUUGAUAUUCUAAAUGUUAGAUUUGACAAUCUAUUCCAGGCAGUCGAGCUUCUCUACGACGCUGAUCAUCUUCAUUAUUUCUUUACCGAUAGAGAUGGAACAUUGAAAAGCUAUGCAUGCAGCUAUCCGUCUAGUAUUCAACCAGCAUAUUCUGGAGUUAUUCAGGCCCAGUUCGCACGACGAUGCGCUCAGACAUGCUGUAUCCUAACAACCGCACCAAUGAUGCACAUAGGAGUACUGGAUGUGUCCACUAUACCACCUGGUUAUUACUACUAUGGUGCCUCAGCUGGACGUGAAUGGUUCAUCGACCCAACUAAUAAA